UCUCUUUUCCCUUUCAUCAUCUUCCUCACCUUGUUAGUUCUCUCCAGUAACCGAAGAAAAUCAAAUGCAGGAAAUAAUCACCGCAUUCAGCUAAAAUGCGCCGAGCGUAAGCUCUACUUAUCCAUUCUUAUCUCGAGGAAGACAAUCAUCUAUCCUGCUUAAUCAACGGCUAUGGCUGGUUGGAUCUCAUCCAAGCUCAAAGUCGCCGAAGACUUUCUCCAUCAGAUCGAUCAGCAAGCUGCGGAAUCGCUUAAGAAAAACGAAAAGCAACGAUCUGAUGAAGAAUUAGGGCUGGAUACCUCGAAAAAACCUAGCGAAAUAAAGCCAUUGCUAAAAGACCAGCUAAAGAAGAAAUCAGUGGAAAAUAUUGAUAAUUUAAAUGUAAUUAGCAGCAAUAAUAGUAAUUAUGGUGUUAGUAAUAGUAGUGGAAGUUACAGUAGGGAGAAGGAGGGUGUGGUAUUGGGGAAUAAGAAGAUUUCGAGCAGUAAGGCCAAUCAAACUAAUUUGACAGAUAGCGAUUGGACUGAAUUGUUGAGUGUGCCGAGUAAAAAGGAGGUUUUGGGUGGCAGUAGGAGUAGUAAUGGAGUGUCGGGGUUAAGACGAGAGAGGAGGGAUGGCAGGAAGCAGGGGAGUUUGGGGGCUGGAAAGAAUGCGGUGGCAUUCGGUGGGAAUAGGAGUCAGAAGGGUCAAACAAAGGUUUUGAAGAGUGAGAGGAAGUCGGAUGCUGAGUUGGGGAAUAAGGUCAAUGGUGAUGGUUUGGAGAGUUUGGAGGGUAGAAUUAGUGCUAGUGAUUGUAAAGAUGUAUCUAGAAGUUCAAGUUCAAGCUGUGAACCAAGGAAUGGUGAGGGAACUGUGGAAACAAGGGAUUUAGAUCAGAAGGACUUGCAUGUGAAUGUUGUAAGGGAGAGAAAGACUGAAGGGGUCAAAGGACAUGACAUGCACUCACAGUCUAAGGAUGAUUCAGUUAGUGAUGAUGGGAAGCAGGAUCUGAAGACUGGAGUUCGUGACCGUGAAAGGCUUACAAAUUCAACAAUAGCUGUUGAUGGAUCUACAUUCAGUUCCAGAGUGUCUGCUUCUGUGGAGAGGAGUUCUUUGUCACCCAGUAAUGCAGAUUCAGAUUCAGAGACGGAUUCAGGUUCCUCGUCUGACUCCGACAGUGAACGUGAGAGGGAAGAAAGGAGAAAGAGAAGGCAGCAGAUUUUGGCAGAGAAAGCAGCAGCAAAAGCCAUUGAGGCUAUCAAACAGCGUGAGAAUAAUGUUGCCAAACUGGAGGGUGAGAAACAGAGUUUGGAGAAAAUACUUGAAGAGCAGGCAAAACAACAAGUGCUUGAGGCAUCAGAAUUGCAGACAACAAUGAUGGAAACUAUGGAAGCUGUUGAACUAGAAAAGCAAAAGCAUAAUAACACUAGAAUGGAAGCCUUAGCUCGUUUGGCUAAACCUGAGACUACAAAUGCUGAUCUUGCAAGGUCCCUUGCAUCUGUUCAGAAAGAUCUUGAAGUGGAGACCAAUCGGAUUUCAGCUCUUCGUCGACAUAUUGAGUUAAAAGAGGCCACUCAAGAAGAACUGAGAAGGAAAAUUUCAAAUACUCAUCAGAGUAGCAAAAAUGUGGCAGCUUCAAAAGGAGUUGAACUUGAAAGGGAAAUACUUGAGGCUGAGAAUUCAUUUUUAACAGAUAAAGUUGGGAGGUUGCAGGAGAAGGCAAUGACACUUGAAAAAAGUAUUGAAUCGACAAAAAGGGAACUAGAGCAUCCAACUGAAGUGGAAGUUGAGCUGAAGCGAAGGCUUAGUCAGUUGACUGAUCAUUUGAUUCAGAAACAAGCCCAGGCGGAGGCACUCUCCUCUGAGAAGGCCAUGCUGCUUUUCAAGAUUGAGGCUGUUUCAAAGUCGCUGAAUGAUAGGAAAUCCAUGGUUGACUCUUCUGAUAUCCCAAGCACCUCAUCCAGGGGGGAUUUAGAAUCAGGAGUAUGGGAGCUACCAAAUUCGAAGUUAAGACCUCUGUUUCAGGAGAGACUUCGAUCAGGCAAGCGACAUCUGGGAUCAUUGGUUCAACAGUUGGAUUCAAUCUAUUGCGCAGGUGCUGUAUUUUUGAGAAGAAACUCCGCAGCAAGAAUAUCGUCUUUCAUAUACCUUGCAUGCCUUCAUCUUUGGGUCAUUUAUAUCUUACUGUCACACUCCCCACCCUCAAAUGAGGCCAGCUCCGGUGCCGUUGUUUCACUGGAGAAUAUGAAUAAAACUGGAGGUGUCUGAUUGGAUUAGUUGUUUGCAUUCCUUGAUUGUCACCUUUGUGCAAGGCAAUUUUUUAAAUACUGAAUACACGUGUAUAGAAAUGUAAUCAAUUAUCCAAAUAUAUUUCGGUCCAUACUCCAUUGGGAAAAGGUUAAUGGUGGAGACUUCCUGUUACGGCUAA